AUGAAAAUUAUUAUUGAUUCUGAUGGAGUUGUAGAUGAUUGUAAAGCUAUUACUUUAGCAUUACAAACACCUCAUGCUGAAGUAAUUGAUCAAGCUGUUGCUAAUAUUUCACGAACUAUUCGUGCUAAUAAUAUUAAAAAAGUUAUACCUAUAUAUAAAGGUGCUUUUGAACCAUUAAUUGUUGAUGAAUUUCUACCACAUUCAGAAGAUUUUUCAUUUGGAAAAGAUGGUAUUGGUGAUCAACCUGAUGUAUAUCCAAUUAGUUUAGAAUCAGAUUGGGAAAAUUAUGACAAAGAAAUACCAGCAGCAAUUGCUUUAACAAAAUAUUGUCGUCAAUAUAAAAAUGAAAUUAUAAUUGUUUCAUUAGGCCCAUUAACAAAUAUUGCAUUAGCUACAAAACUUGAUCCUGAUUUUAAAAAAAAUGUUAAAGAAAUUUAUUGUAUGGGUGGAAAUGUUUAUGGUAUUGGAAAUAUUGUUGAUAAACAAACAGCUGAAUAUAAUUUUGGACAUGAUCCAGAAGCAGCACAUAUAGUUCUUAAUGAUUUACUAUGCCCUAUUACAAUAAUACCCUGGGAAUGUUUUUAUUUUGAAUGUAAAAAAAACAAAGAUGAUGUAGAUUUUCAUGAAAUGUUUAAUAUAGAUACUAAAUUAGCAAAAUAUAUUAAGGCAAUUUCACAGAAAAUGACAGAUGUAUUAAAAAAUUCUAAUCGUCAAUUUGCAUUUUGUGAUGAAAUUGUUAUUGGAUCUUUACUUUAUCCUGAACAAGUCAUAUUAAAAAAAAAGUACUUGAAAGGUAUUGUCGAAUUACAUGGAAAUCAUACUAGAGGACAAAUAGCGAUUGAUUGGGUAUCCCAAUUAUGGGAUGAAAAUACUCAUGGUGAAACAAAAAAAUUUUCAAACACUAAACCACCAAUAACAUUUAUUACUAGAUAUAAUACUAAAGAAUUAAUAUCUAUUUUUGAAAAUACACUUAAAUCAUCUGAAUAA